AUGUCCGCAAACAUCAGGCCUUUUGGCAGCCCAAAUACAGACAGAAUAGAACAACAGCAUCCUAGCGAUUUACUUCCUCAUGCCGCUGAUCAUAGCACGCAACAUCCUCCAUCGUCAGAGAAGCAGUUGCCUGAUCCAUCAUAUUCUGCUUAUGAUGCUAGCGAUGCCGAAAAACAAGUGCAUUCCCAUACACAUACCAGCUCCUAUCAGCCACCAGAUACGCAGGUGAAUACCGAAAAUGACCUCGACAGGCAGUCAUCCGAAGAUCUUCCCUCACACCGCUCUGUACAUGGCACUUCUAUAAGCCGUGUAACUACCGAUGCCGAUGGGAAUACUUACCCUGAAGGCGGACUGGAGGCUUGGCUGGUAGUCUUUGGCAGCUGGAUGGGCCUUUUCGCUUCUCUUGGUUUGGUCAACACCAUUGGGACGUUCCAGGCAUACCUCGAGAGUCAUCAACUGGAAGAGUAUAGCUCUGGCAAAAUCGGUUGGAUAUUUGGCAUGUACGCAUUUCUGACUUUUUUCUGUGGAGUCCAAAUCGGACCUAUAUUCGAUGCCAAAGGCCCUCGGUUUCUUGUUUUCGCAGGCUCGGUAUUAGUCGUGGUCAUGAUGGUUGCCCUGGGUUUUUGCACUCAGUACUGGCAUUUCAUGCUCGUCAUUGGCGUUGCCGGUGGAUUAGGAGCUUCUCUCAUCUUCACUCCGGCAAUUUCUGCCAUUGGUCAUUACUUCAAUGAGAAACGUGGUGUUGCCACUGGCCUUGCCGCAACCGGUGGUUCUGUUGGGGGAAUUGUAUUCCCACUUACUCUUGAACAAUUAUUUCCAAGGAUCGGUUGGGCAUGGGCAACCCGUGUUGUUGCCUUGAUCUGCUUGGUCUUGGUAAUUGUAUCGUGUCUUUUGGUCAAGUCCCGACUUCCGAAGAAACCCGCUUCGAAAGAGAACGUUCUUCCUGACUUUACCAUAUUUCGGGAACCCAAAUUCGCCCUUACAACGGCUGCUAUCUUCUUCGUGGAGUGGGGUCUUUUCGUUCCGAUUAGUUACAUUUCUUCUUAUGCUUUGGCCCAUGGCGUGUCUAACCGACUAUCAUAUCAGAUGGUGGCCAUUCUGAAUGCAGGAUCGUUUUUCGGAAGAUGGAUUCCAGGCUUUGUUGCUGACUAUCUGGGGCGCUUCAAUACCCUCAUAGCGACAGUAGCCCUCUGUGUGGUUUGCAAUGCUUGUCUUUGGCUUCCUGCUGGAAACAGCGUUCCGGUGAUGAUCGUAUACAGUGUCAUUUUUGGCUUCGGCAGCGGCAGCAAUAUCAGUCUCACUCCAGUUUGCAUUUCACAGCUUUGCAAAAUUGAAAAUUAUGGCAGAUAUUAUGCCACGUCAUACACAGUUGUGAGUUUUGGAACUCUCACUGGCAUUCCAAUUGCAGGCGAAAUACUUUCGCGUUGCAACGGGGAAUACUGGGGCCUUAUUGUCUUCACGACUUGCUGCUAUACUGCCGGCCUUGCUUGUUGCAUCGCAGUGAAGCGGAAACCAAGUCAAAGAUACAUGCCUCCCUCGACGAAGGCCUUUAUCCUAGCUGCCGCUUCAUGGGGUCUCAUCAUCCGUGAUGCGGCAGCUGUCCCUGCGUCCGUCGGCCAGCCUCCCCCUGACGGAAUGGUUCCCUCGAACCGUCCUCCAGAGGCGACCCCGGCUCCGUCUAAGCCAAGCGAGGUCCCGCUUCCUCCUGGGGUGUCGACCCCGCCGGGGCCCGAGGUCUCUCGCAGUCAUCCGCCUACAAUCAAGAUGACUCCUGCUGCUUCCUCUUGCCCCGGUCAGUCUACGGUUACGGUUACUAUCUGCCGUACGAAGUGCCCGAGCAGUAGCUCGUCUUCCGUGCCUCCAAAGCCUACUACAACUUCACCCGGUGGUGGUGGUCCUGGCGGCGGCGGUACUGGCGGAAGUGGUGGCCCUGGCGGAGGUGGUGGCCCUGGCGGAGGUGGUGGUGGCCCUGGCGGUGGUGGUGGUGGCCCUGGCGGUGGUGGCCCUGGCGGUGGUGGCCCUGGCGGAGGUGGUGGUGGCCCUGGCGGUGGUGGCCCUGGCGGUGGCCCCGGUGGUGGUGGCCCUGGCGGAGGUGGUGGCCCUGGCGGAGGUGGUGGCCCUGGCGGAGGUGGUGGCCCUGGCGGAGGUGGUGGCCCCGGUGGUGGUGGUCCUGGUGGAGGCGGCGGCGGAGGAGGUGGUGGUGGAGGUGGAGGUGGAGGAGGAGGAGCAGGCGGCGGUGGUGGUAGUUCCGGAGGUGGUGGUAACCCUGGCGGCGGCGGAGGUCCCGGAGGAGGUGGUGGUGGAGUUCCAACUCCAUGCCCAACUGGCAGUCCCGGAGGAGGAGGCCCUGGAGGCGGCGGUGGUACUGGAGGUGGUGGUGGCCCCGGAGGAGGCGGUCCUAGCGGCGGUGGCUCUGGAGGUGGCGGUCCUGGCGGCGGUGGUUCUAGCGGUGGUGGCUCUGGAGGAGGAGGCACUGGAGGUGGCGGCCGUCCUGGAGGCGGCGGUGGCCCCGGAGGAGGUGGUGGUACUGGCGGAGGCGGUCCUGGAGGCGGUGGUGGUGGUUCUAGUGCCAGUCCCUGUCCUACGGGAGGAGGCAGAGGACCAGGAGGUGGUGGUUCCGGCGGAGGCGGACCAGGUGGUGGAGGAUCAGGUGGUGGAGGGUCAGGAGGCGGAGGCCCUGGCGGAGCGGGACCCAGCGGCAGCGGAGGCCCCCAUCCCGGCGGCGGAGGCGGCAGCUCACCCUGCCCAUCCUGCCCACCGCCAUGCCCCAGCAAUACGCCCGGCAGACCAGUCCAGAAGCCAGGGCACGGCUCCGGCGGAGUCGUCAGCAUCAUGCAAACGCCCGGACCUUCACCCUCCGCGGCUGCUUCUCGUGGGCCCUCCUUCGCAACCGUCUCCAUCCAAAUCCCCUCCUCCAGCUCCCGACUCUCGAACAUACCCAUCCCCACACCAGCACCAACCCCAACCCCAUCUCCAACACCCACACCGGCCGAAGAAGAAUCCGACUCCGAAUCCUCAGAAGACGAAGAAGUGGAGGUCCAAGAAACACCCACCCGCAAUAAAAAGAGAGAGAAGAGAGCACCAAGAGCACCAAGAGCAAAGAGAAAUGAAACCGCCGACUCCGACUCGGAUUCCGAUUCCGACUCCGAUUUCGGGGACAAGAGACGAGAUUAUCUUCGUGCGCUGCGAUUCAAGCUCCACAAGGAUAAGGGCAAGGGCAAGGACAAGGACAAGGGCAAGGACAAGGGCGAGGACAAGGGCGAGGACGAGGACGAGGGUGAGGAGAAAUCCCAGUCGUUUGUCUACCGUCGCAAGGGCAAGGACAAAGGCGGGGACGAGGACGCCGGCGAGGACGAGGGCGAGGGUGAGGGUGAGGAGAAAUCUCAGUCAUUUGUCUAUCGUCGCAAGGGCAAGGACAAAGGCGGGGACGAGGACGCCGGCGAGGACGAGGGCGAGGGUGAGGAUGAGGAGAAAUCUCAAUCGUUUGUCUACCGUCGUGGUGGAUGGUGGGUUUGA